ACCUGACGUCACGAGUGCUAUAAAACUCAGCAAUUGCUUUAAACUCUUCUUGCUGGAUCAGAGGCUUUAAAAUCUUUUUUCAUCUUCGAGCUGUAGCUCGGGCUGCUUGUCGGCUUGGCCUCCCCCUCCCCCCUUUGCUCCCUGCCUUGUCUUUCCCCAGGACUUCGCUAUUUUGCUUUUUUUUAAAAAAGGCAAGAAAGAACUAAACUCCCCCCUCCCUCUCCUCCAGUCGGGCUGCACCUCUGCCUUGCACUUUGCACGGAGGGAGAGAGCGCGCGAGGGAGAGAGAGCGAGAAAGAGAGAGAGAGGAAAGAAAAAAUAAUAAUAAAGAGAGCCAAGCAGAAGAGGAGGCGAGAAGCAUGAAGUGUUAACUCCCCGGUGCCAAGGCCCGCGCCGCCCGGACAGACGCCCGCCGCGCCUCCAGCCCCGAGCGGCCGCCGCGCGCGCCCUGCCUGCAGCCCGGGCCGGCGAGGCGAGCCCUUCCUUAUGCAAAGCGCGCAGCGGAGCGGCGAGCGGGGGACGCCGCGCACCGGGCCGGGCUCCUCCAGCUUCGCCGCCGCCGCCGCCGCCGCCGCCGCCGCCACCACCGCAGCCCGCGGAGGACCUUCCCGAGCCUGAAGCCGCCGGCUCUGCGCGCAAGGAGGCGAGCGAGCAAGGAGGGGCCGGGGCGAGCGAGGGAGCACAUUGGCCCCAUCUGGCGGAGCGGCGGCGGCGGCGGCAGGAGAAUGGCAUCAGAACUGGCAAUGAGCAACUCCGACCUGCCCACCAGUCCCCUGGCCAUGGAAUAUGUUAAUGACUUCGAUCUGAUGAAGUUUGAAGUGAAAAAGGAACCGGUGGAGACCGACCGCAUCAUCAGCCAGUGCGGCCGUCUCAUCGCCGGGGGCUCGCUGUCCUCCACCCCCAUGAGCACGCCGUGCAGCUCGGUGCCCCCUUCCCCCAGCUUCUCGGCGCCCAGCCCGGGCUCGGGCAGCGAGCAGAAGGCGCACCUGGAAGACUACUACUGGAUGACCGGCUACCCGCAGCAGCUGAACCCCGAGGCGCUGGGCUUCAGCCCCGAGGACGCGGUCGAGGCGCUCAUCAGCAACAGCCACCAGCUCCAGGGCGGCUUCGAUGGCUACGCGCGCGGGGCGCAGCAGCUGGCCGCGGCGGCCGGGGCCGGCGCCGGCGCCUCCCUGGGCGGCAGCGGCGAGGAGAUGGGCCCCGCCGCCGCCGUGGUGUCCGCCGUGAUCGCCGCAGCCGCCGCGCAGAGCGGCGCGGGCCCGCACUACCACCACCACCACCACCACGCCGCCGGCCACCACCACCACCCGACGGCCGGCGCGCCCGGCGCCGCGGGCAGCGCGUCCGCCUCGGCCGGUGGCGCGGGGGGCGCGGGCGGCGGUGGCCCGGCCAGCGCCGGGGGCGGCGGCGGCGGCGGCGGCGGAGGGGGCGCGGCGGGGGCGGGGGGCGCCCUGCACCCGCACCACGCCGCCGGCGGCCUGCACUUCGACGACCGCUUCUCCGACGAGCAGCUGGUGACCAUGUCGGUGCGCGAGCUGAACCGGCAGCUGCGCGGGGUCAGCAAGGAGGAGGUGAUCCGGCUGAAGCAGAAGAGGCGGACCCUGAAAAACCGCGGCUAUGCCCAGUCCUGCCGCUUCAAGAGGGUGCAGCAGAGACACGUCCUGGAGUCGGAGAAGAACCAGCUGCUGCAGCAAGUCGACCACCUCAAGCAGGAGAUCUCCAGGUUGGUGCGCGAGAGGGACGCGUACAAGGAGAAAUACGAGAAGUUGGUGAGCAGCGGCUUCCGAGAAAACGGCUCGAGCAGCGACAACCCGUCCUCUCCCGAGUUUUUCAUAACUGAGCCCACUCGCAAGUUGGAGCCAUCAGUGGGAUACGCCACAUUUUGGAAGCCCCAGCAUCGUGUACUUACCAGUGUGUUCACAAAAUGAAAUUUGUGUGAGAGCUGUACAUUAAAAAAAAAAAAAAAAUCAUUAUUAUUUGCAGUCAUGGAGAACCACCUACCCCUGACUUCUGUUUAGUCUCCUUUUUAAAUAAAAAUUACUGUGUUAGAGAAGAAGGCUAUUAAA